AGUCAAUGAAAAGUCAGGGAAAAUGAAAUCAAAAAUUUUCUGGCCAGCCUGUUGAUGCAAUGCUAGAUGUAAUGCAACACCAAUACUGUAUUUUUUUUGUAAUGCGUUUUAUAAUUUAAUGAAGACAUAUUGAAAAGCAUAUAAAUAUGGCUGCAGUUGGUGCCUUUACCUCUAUGGAUCAAGCUGAAGAUCUGAAGGCAUUUGAGCGCCGUAUUGUUGAGCUACUUGAUUCUCUGGGUCCUACUGCAAAUAAAUGGAAAUUUGUCUUCAUCAGCACAUGCUUUAUUGCCAUAGUUACAGCUUUCGGAUGGUUGUUUGAUCAACAAAUAACAGAGAUAUCCUUUGUGCAAUCAUUACUUAAUCACAAACUGUUUUCAUUAAGUUGUUUUGGUUUGUUAGUUAUGUUGUUGAUGGGUGUGCAUAAAAGAAUACUAAUCCAAAGCAUAAUUUUGUCAAGAUGUCGAACAAUUUUGCAAGAUUUUAACAUGUCCUGCGAUGACAGGGGGCGGUUGAUUUUAAAACCACGUCCUAUAAAGGAAAACGAGUCUUACUACAGCAGGUUUUAUCAAGGUCACGGAUAAAUUUUUACAUAAUUUCUGUAAAAUAGAAAAUUGCAGAAUAGCG